UUGCCGACUGGCGGAGGAGGCGCUGAGGAAGAAGAAGGGGGGGGGCCGCGACACGCUUUAAACCUUCUUUUCAUUCUUCCAACUGGACUUUUCUUCUCUGCGCCUUGGGGGAUAAUGGCUGCCCUUUCAGCCUGGUUCUGGAACGAGCGGUUCUGGCUGCCGCGCAACGUCACCUGGGCGGACCUCGCCGAGCGGGCUGCCGGGGUGGAGUAUCCCCAAGCCGGGCACUUGUUGGCCGCCUUCCCGCUGGCCGUGGGGAUGUUCGCCGUCAGGAUGCUCUUCGAGAGAUUUGUCGCCAGUACGUGCGCGAGACGCCUCCACAUUCAUCCUGAUGUUGAACGAAAAGCUCAGCCCAAUGCAGUGCUGGAGAAAGUCUUUACAUCCAUUACAAAGAAUCCGGACUCGCGCCAUCUGGACGGGCUGUCCAAGCAGCUGGACUGGGAGGUGCGCAAGGUGCAGCGCUGGUUCCGACAGCGCAGGAACCAAGACAAACCCAGCACACAUGCGAAGUUCUGCGAGAGCAUGUGGAGGUUAACAUUUUAUUUGUGCAUAUUUAUGUAUGGCUUCCAGUUUCUCUGGCAGACCUCUUGGAUGUGGGAUACGCGGCAUUGCUGGUAUGGUUACCCUUAUCAGGUGUUGACGCCUGCUCUUUACCGCUACUACGUGACAGAGCUGGCCUUCUACUGGUCACUCUUGUUCUCCCAGUUCACUGACAUUAGAAGGAAGGACUUCCUGUCCAUGUUUGUUCAUCACCUGGCGACGGUUGGCCUGAUCAGCUUCUCCUACGCCAACAACAUGGUGCGGGUGGGCACCCUGGUGAUGUGCGUGCACGACGCCUCCGACUUUCUGCUCGAGGCAGCCAAACUGGCCAACUACGCUAAGUAUCAGCGCCUGUGUGACCUCCUCUUCAUCAUAUUUAGUUUGACCUUCUUCCUCACGCGGCUCGUCAUAUUUCCAAUAUGGGUCCUAAACUCCACCCUGUUUGAGAGCUGGCUGAUCGUGGGUCCGUUCCCAUCAUGGUGGCUCUUCAAUGUGCUGCUGCUGGUGCUGCAGGUUCUGCACGUCAUCUGGUCUUACCUCAUUGCACGCAUCGCCAUCAAAGCCGUCCUGAGGGGCAAGAAGCUGUUCGGUUCUUCUCCCUGUGGACUGACAGACCCCAUCUUUCUUUCUGUUUGUGUGCGUUUCUUCUUUGCUCCUUUGUGUCCUCUCUCCACGCCUUUGACGACUUUACGCUUCUUUCUCGCUGUGUGCAACGACGUGCGCAGUGACGUGGAGAGCAGCUCCGAGGAGGAGUCGCCGGCGUCGCGCCGAACCAGGACGACGACGACGCAUGCGCGAAAGGCCGAAAACGGCACCAACGGACACAACGCUGCCGCCAGAAGCAGACCUCACGCCACACCCACGUGACCUCCCGAGACUUGUUUUUGUGUUUUGGACGUUCUCCAUUUUGACGGCCAGAUGAACUCCAUUUAUGGUUCACACUGGAUCACAUCCUGACGUGUUCAUUUUUGACCCGUUAAGUGAUGUCAAACGGGGCAAACCGCCCCACUCCACUGUCUUUAAUGUACUACUGUGUGCUACUUUUGACUGUUUUUUUUUUAAACUUCCUAUUAGAAUAUGAAUGAAUUUGUCACUGCCUAUAAAUGUUUUUCCCCAGGCUUUAUAGAGCCAAUGUGACAAAAAGUAUUUGUGAGAUGAUGUCAUGCUUUUCAGAACUCCCUGCCUCUACCUAUACGUGACCUCUGGUCUUGGGCAAAUGUAGUACCACAUGUGGCCACAAAUCAAUACACUUAAAAUGCUAAUUUAUAACCACCAAAUACUAAUUUGUGUUCACAAUUUAGAUAUAACGUGCACGUAAGUACAACCCCAAUUCCAAUGAAGUUGGGACGUUGUGUUAAACAAAUAAAAACAAUACAAUGAUUUGAAAAAAAUCAUGUUUAACCUAUAUUUAAUUGAAUACACUACAAAGGAAAGAUAUUUAAUGUUCAAACUGGUAAACUUGAUUGUUUUCAGCAAAUAAUUAUUAAAUUAGAAUUGUAAUUGAAGUUUUAUCAGUUUGAACAUUAAAUAUCUUGUCUUUGUAGUGUAUUCAAUUAAAUAUAGGUUGAACACACAACGUCCCAACGUCAUUGGAAUUGGGGUGGUACAAAACUG